AUGAACUUUGUAUCUGUAUUGACGUUCUGUUUUAUUUGCUCUGUUGGCGCUUCGGUCACACCUGGUUCGCAGGAUCAUGCGACGCUCGCGGUUUCCAAAGAGAUCCUUAAUCGCUACUUGGUCGAAGCAAAGGAAGUUACAAUCCUUUAUACCAUCUACAAUCUUAGUCCCAUGAGAACUGCUCGUGAUAUCGAGAUUCAUGACAAUCUUCCCGAAAGUGACUUCACGUUCGUUCACGGAAGCCGAUCCACUCGAUGGGCCUCCAUACCCCCAUCGACUAAUAUUACCCAUUCUGUAAUUGUUAUCCCGCGAUCUGUGGGCCUUUACAACUUCACCAGUGCUGAGGUCACGUACAAAGCUGGUCCGGAUUCAACAGUUACGUAUGGCUACUCGUCUGCCCCCGGGAUGCGUCAAAUCUUAGUUCCUUCCGUCUUCAACCGCCAGUUCUCUUCGCAUUGGGUAAAGUUACAAAUUUGCCCGAAUCUUCUCUAUCUGAUAAUGGAAUGGAUAUGCUUUGCCUUUAUUAUGGCGCCUUGCUCGGUUGUGCCUUACAUGCUUUGGCGCUCCAGUGCCUCAAAGUACAUGUGA